AUGGAUUCAAUUCAUUUCGAAAAGCAGGAAGCAUCACUUUGCGCUCAACAUGCCGUGAACAUGCUGCUCCAAGGCUCCUAUUUUACAGCUGUCGAUUUAGCCGAAAUCGCUUCAGAAAUUGACAGUCGAGAAGGAAAGGUACUGAAUGAGCAGGAUGUAAUGAGUCAGAAUGUCGAUGAUUCGGGUUUCUUCUCGCUGCAAGUUAUUACGGAAGCGCUUAAAGUUUUCAACCUGGAACUUAUCCCGCUCAGUAAUCCUCGUGCUGCAGCAUAUCGUGAUGAUCCAACAUUAGGUCAAGCUUACAUAUGCAAUUUGAAUGAGCACUGGUUUGCUGUUCGUCGUCUGGGCUUCCAAUGGUUCACAUUGAAUUCGUUGCUUCCAACACCAAAACUUAUUUCUGACACUUAUCUCAGUCUCUUCUUUGCUCAGCUAAUCAAUGACGGUUAUUCGAUAUUUGUUGUGGAAGGGGUCUUACCGCUGUGCACUGCAGAUGAACAACUUUCUCAAUUUCCUGUUGAUCCAGCGUUAGCAGGCAUGAAUGAUUUAUUUAUUGAUAAUCACUCAAAAAAUUCUGGUAUUGCAAAGACUGAAACAGCAUCUAUUGAGCAGGAAACAAUGAGUAACAAUUUGGUAGAUGUACAGAAUAAGAACAGUUUGGCUGAAAGCGAUGAUGAGUUGCAAGAAAGACAGCUUCAAAAAGCCAUUCAAAUGAGCUUGGAGAGUUUUCGGGAGCAACAUGGAAUGGAGUCAUCUGAAACAAAUAUAACUGAAAAUAAUAAAUCAUUGGCAGGCAAUAAGAAAAGCGAACAAAAUACUUCCCAGAUUCCUCAAAAUUCAAUCGAUCUUGAUUUCGCUGAAGAUGAACUACUGGGUGAUGAAUUAUCUGGUGGACAACAAAUGGAACAUACAGAAACUUCCAUCUCCUCUGAGGUAAUGAAUAAAAGCAUGCGUAUUCGGAAACUUAUGUCACGUGAAAGUGAGCAAGCUAUUUCGAAUUCGAAAAUAUAG